CGUUCCAGUACUAUAGAUUAUUUCUCUUAUCCCUCCCCCUUCCCUUCCAUCUCCUCGUUCACCCAACCGCUCAUUGCUAUCGCCACCGCAGCCUUCGUUUUUCUGUGCUCGGUACUGUCAUUCCGUCACUCUCUAUUCCGUCAUUCCUGUUUCGCGCGCCUACAACUACUCUUGCAGUUACAUACCCUUCCCACUCUCGUUCAAGUUGCUUCUUAUCCGCUCACGCGCACUCGUACCCCAAAAUAAAUAUUCGGGUUGUCAUUGUCGCUCUUUCAACGCUUUUUUAGUUCUGCUAUCCCUUGUGUUGUCCACUCUUAACAACACAGAUCCCUUUUUUUUCCCUUUUCUGUCGGAAGUUAUUUGGCGUUCCUGCUAAAAAGGAAAAAAGAAAGAAAGCUGGCCGAGUUUGGAGCCAACGGCGUGGGUGCUUUUAGCGGUUACUGUACUGUAUUUCAGGGUUGUAUUGUGGCAGACUGCGCCUCGCUUCGCUACCGCUUCAGCUUUGUCACCCUUCGCCAGCACAGAACAGAAAUUACGUUCCCUUAUUCAAAGAUACCGUCGUGAGAAUAAUCUAUCAUGCGGUGGAACACUUCGUUACUCUUGUGCCUCUUACUAGCGCUGCUCGCCACCACCGUCCUGUCGCAAGACUCUAAUACGGAGAAUCCUCCUGCGUCGACAAAUAAACCUCCGGAGACAUCAAAGCCGCCUGAUCCGACAACAAAAGAAACACUCAAGGAAACAUCUAAGGAAUCCCCAACAAAGGAGGAUGACAACAAAACUUCCGAUAUUGUAGGAUCUACGGUGCCCGCGCGCAUUACUGCGAGCAGUACCUCCGGGGCCCAAGACACGGGCACGUUUCCCACCAUCGGAACUCGGAUUCCAUCAAUUUCAGGGGGCAUUGCAGCAGUCACGCCCACUGUUACUGUUCCACCCACUGCAAACGCACCUUUCAUGCAAAAGUCCUCGCUACCUGAGGGAACUGUAUUCAUUGCUGUGGGAUCUGCGUUGGGACUAUUCGCCCUGUCGGUCAUUCUUUGGAGAUGUCUUGUCGCCUGGUCACUCCAUCGUUCAGUCAAGCGUGCAGCGAUGAAUGCUAAUCUCUCAGACACCAAGGCCCUGAUUCGCCCGCCCCCCAACAGUGGAAGCAAUGGGUUCUAUGCAGCAGGUCCUGGCUCCACCCUAUCACUCGACCACCUAGGUGCACCACCCCGUCCAGGAACCAACCCGAACCGCCAACAAAACCCCACCAGCUUAUUCUUUUCUCCAACCGCUGGAGCAGGAAAUACGGGUGGAGACAGACGGUCCCAAUACCUUCCUCCAGGACACUAUGCUGUUGGAGCCCGCGACAGCGUGGCUGGGUUGGCUGGUCUUCCAAAUUCAUCACACACGCAUCUCGCAACCCACAGUGUCUCCUCAAAUCGCUACAACCCCAACCGAGGCAUCGGAAUUUCACCACCAGGCUCACCACUCAUCGGUCCUACUGGCCCCGCUACUCGCGGCGGCAGUAGCCACAGCGGUGGCCAGCAGUUGGGCGGCCUCAGAGGCAGCGAAAGCCACACAUCCCUCAAUCUACCGCCCACAGGCAGAGCUCCAAGUGCAUACCUCGAAGACCUCUUUGAGAACCACCGACAAAAGAACCCUGGAAACAGCGGUCGGCAUUAACCAUGCUCGUGUCAUAAUUAGCUGGAAGUCAAAGGAACUGAAUUUGACCACCCUUUUUUCUCUUCCUACUAUAUAAAAAAACACAACUUCACCUCCCAUAUAUGGCCUGUUUUGUUUGUGUUGCGCUACAAGAUUAUUCUUUCUUCUUUUAGUCAUUGCUAUGGGCUGGGCGCUUCAAUUGAUUUUUUUUUCUUUUUUUUUUUUCUUUUUUCCACAUCCUUACCUUUCUUCUGUGCUUGUUUAUUUAAAUUUGCAGAUAAUAGUCAGCAGGGUGGAUGCUGGGAGAUCUUGUCACAUUUUUUAUAUGUAUGUAGUUAGGAGGUCAGUUUUGUGGGAUUUUAAUUCUUAGAAAGACGAGUCAAGCAAUCCAAGGUUGCUAGGAUGUUUAUUUCCUUUCUUUAA